CCCUUUCUUUGAUCCUUUGAACCAGAAAUAGAGCUGCUUGCAGGCGCGCGGAAAGAAACGGGGAGAGCGUGGGAGAGAAGAGGAAAAAAGAAGGCAGGGGGCAGCUUUCGUUUAAAAGGAGGCAAUAUAACGAAGAUGAAGAGGAAAGUUGGCUUUUUUUAUAUAGGAAGCUCGGAUUCCAUCUGUGGAGUUUGAUCGUUGGAGAGGAAAAAGGGCGUAAAACCUGGCUUAGGUAAGAGAAGAGAGGAGAAGAAUCUUCCUCUGAUUUGCUUUCGCUGAAACAAGGAGAAAGUUUGAGUAAGAGGGUAAAAAUGGUUGAGGACUGCUCCGCAAUCAAUAAGGAUGCUUUUGGCACAAAGCCUCAGAAGAAAUAUCCAGUUGUGCUGAGAACUGUUGUUUUAUGUUUGGUAAUGAUUAGCAGUGUUUAUAUAUGCUCCAUAUGUAUCAAGCAAAAGGGUUUCAUAAUCAGCCCCAAUGUAAUGAGAGUGGAAGUCAAGGAUGAACCUUGGCGGCAUCCUAACAUUGCACCAUCUGAACUUCCAUACAUUCACUACCCGGAGCCGACGACUUAUACCAGAAAUGAAUGUGCAUGUACGCCGGUUCGAUAUUUUGCUCUAUUGUCAAUGCAAAGGUCUGGUAGUGGUUGGCUUGAAACCUUGUUGAAUAGCCACAUCAAUAUUAGCUCGAAUGGUGAGAUUUUUUCUGUCAAAGAAAGGCGAAGCAAUAUCUCAACUAUCAUUGCAACCUUGGAUAAAGUUUACAGUUUGGAUUGGUAUAGCAGUGCUUCUAAAAAUGAAUGUACUGGUGCUGUUGGCUUCAAAUGGAUGCUUAAUCAGGGUCUCAUGCAGAACCAUGAAGGCAUAGUUAACUACUUCAAGGAGAGAGGCGUUACUCCUAUUUUCCUCUUCAGAAGAAAUCUCCUUCGUCGAUGGAUCUCGGUUCUCGCAAAUUCUCACGAUCGAGAUGCCAAACAGCUGAACGGAACUCAUAAAGCUCACGUGCAUUCGAGGCAUGAGGCUGAUGUCCUUGCUAGAUAUAAGCCCAACAUUGAUGUCACAAAGCUUUUCCUGAACAUUAAACAUACUAUUAAUUGGACAGCAGAUGCAGUCCAGUUCUUCAAUGACACCCAUCACAUCGUCCUAUAUUACGAGGAUAUUGUUCGUAAUCGAACGAAAGUGAUGGAAUGUUCUUGAUUUUCUGAGAAUGCCACAUAGAGAGCUAAAGAGCCGUCAUGUCAAGAUCCACACAAGGCCAUUGUGGGAUCAGAUUGAGAACUGGGACGAAGUUUUCAGAUCCCUUAAUGGAACCGAGUUUGAAAGUUUCCUGCACUCUGACUGAAGAAAAUAGCUGUAAAUAUAGUUCACGGUAUCAAUUCAUGUUGAUACUCUUCGCUUCAUCGGAGCAACCUUUUUGGUGAAGAAGGAAAUUUUGAUUAAGGCCAAAGGCCUUCACUGCUGACAGAGAGUUAUUUAAGAUGUCUUUGUGCUUUGGUCCUCGCCACGCCAACUUGUGAGAUUUUUGUUUUUAAUUUUUAUUUAUUUUUAACUGUUCUGUGCAAACUAGCAAGUUUGCUAUUGAGUUGCUUCUGGUGUUUUUGUGAAAAGCAUUCUUCGAUUUAAUACAGAGAAAAGGAAUUACUUGAAGCGACUUCUGUGCUUUGUGCAAUUUUGUGCUUUGUGCAUUUUCUUUCGACGGAGCUUCUUUGUACGGUUAUUUGUAAAAUGUACACAUCACUGCCUUCGGAAUUAUAACU